AUGAUGUCACCGCCCGAAACAUUAAUGGUAGCAAAUAGUGACCGUGUCAAGAUGGUUGACAUGCAUCCGAAAGAACCACUUUUUCUUUGCUCGCUGUACUCCGGCAUCAUUAACUUGUGGAACUUUGAGACCCAAGCGCUGCUCAAAUCAUUUGAUACGGGCACGGGACUUCCCGUUCGUUGUGUUCGGUUUAUACCCCGAUUGCAAUCGUUUGCCUGCGGUACGGAUGAUAUGCAAGUCCGUGUAUUUAACUAUAACACAAUGGAGAGGACACGAACCUUUCAGGCUCAUGACGAUUACAUUCGUGGAAUUGUUGCACAUGAGACUCUUCCGAUUUUACUGACAUGUUCGGAUGACAUGACAAUUAGACAAUGGGAUUGGAGUCGUGAUUGGGCACUUGUAGAGACUUAUGAGGGGCAUCAACACUACGUUAUGGGUAUUGCAAUGAACCCAAAGGACCCUUCCACAUUUGCCACUGCUUCAUUGGAUUGCACAGUAAAGGUAUGGAGUUUGAAUAGUCCCGUGUCAAACUUCCAGCUCGAGGGACAUGAAGAUGGUGUGAAUUGUGUGGAUUAUUAUCCGGGAGGUGACAAGCCAUAUUUAUUGAGUGGAGCGGAUGAUCGUACUGUGCGACUCUGGGACUAUCAAACCAAAGCUUGCCUGCAAGUUUUCUCGCAUCAUACGGCAAAUGUCACCGCUGUUCUGUUUCACCCCAGCCAACCGCUAUUGUUUACACUUGCAGAGGACAUGGAAAUGAAGGUGAUCACCACCGACACGCACCGUUUAGUACUUAAUCUCGAUCAUUCUCGUAUGAAUCGUGGUUGGUCCAUGACAACGAAGAAACACGCGAGUGCUCUGGUGGUUGGUUAUGAUGGUGGUACUGUUGUAUACAAAGUGGGUGAUGACAGGCCCGUUUUUACGAUGGAUUCCAAUGGAAAGAUCCUAUUGGUGGUUGGUAAUGAUGUAAGACGUGUAGAUGCAAAGGGCAUUCCAGCGGAUGUGACUGACGGUGACGUGUUGGCACUUCCUUCGAAGGAAAUGGGAACGUUGGAGUCGCGUCCAACCGCUAUUGUGUAUGGACCCAGUGGGCAGUUCGUAGCAGCGCUUGGGGAAAGUGACUUCACUAUACUUUCAUCGCUUUCCAUGCGGUCAAAAGCAUUCGGUAAAUGCAUGUCGUUCGUUUGGGGUCCGGACAACGGUUCGUAUGCUGUGAUGUUGUCGCCUAGGGAGGUACGUAUUUGCAAAAAUUUCAAAGAUCGUGGGGCCAUAUCUCUUGUAGACAGUGCUGAGAGGUUGUUUGCUGGACCGCUGCUUGGUGUUUGCACGGCAUCCAGCCUAGCGUUUUAUGAUUGGGCGACGUUAAGUUUUAUACGGCAAAUUGAUGAGAGCCCCAAGGCGGUGCAGUGGACUGAAAACGGUGAGUUUGUUGCGAUAGUCACCGACUCAGCCUUCUUUACAUUGCGGUUCAAUAGUGACGAUGUGGUGGAUUAUUUUGAUGCGCAUGACACCACACCGGAGGAGGGGCUUGAUUUUGCUUUUGAAGUUGUGGAGGAGGUUAUGGAGAGCGCGAAGGAAGUGUUAUGGGUAAGUAACUGUGUUGUGUUCAUCAACCAAGCGCAUCGACUUUGUUAUUACGUUGCGGGAGAAAUCAACAGCAUUGCGGUGGUGUCCCGUGAUCAAUACCUCCUUGGGUACUUGCCCAAGGAGAACAGGGUUCUUUGCAUUGAUAAGGACCUGAACAUUACAAGUUACCUAAUUCCUCUCGGUAUAAUUGAAUGCAUGACUGCUGUGGCUCGGGGAGAUUUGGUGGCCGUUCAAGCGCUGGUUCCUCCGCUUGGGGCACGUGAGAAAUUAUUGGUCGCACGUUUCCUGCAGUCAAGGAAAUACCUGGAGUUGGCGCUGGAGGUUACAUCAGAAGAUGACCAUCGGUUCGAAUUGGCACUGCAACUGGGUCGACUGACGAUGGCGGAGGAAAUCGCUAAACAAUCGGGUUCAGUUGGCCAUUGGAAGCAGCUUGCGGACGUGGCACUUACGAAGGGCGCGUUUCAACUGGCGAAGGAGGCCUUAUGUAAAUGUGGGGAUAGUAAUGGUCUGCUUUUGCUUUACUCAUGCGUGGGUGAUAUGGAAGCUAUUUCAAAGUUGGGUGACACCUGCGUGGCGAAUGGGAGGCUAAAUAUCGCUUUCACUUGUUUCCACCUAACAAGGCGUUACGCAGAUAACGUGGAUUUGCUUUGCCGCACAGGCAAACUUGCGGAAGCUGCCUUUUACGCUCGCACACACUGCCACGGAAAAGUUGACGAAGUUGUAGAAAAGUGGAAACUGGGGCUUGUCCGACUUCCGCGUGUAUCGGAAGCUAUUGCGAAUCCCACGGCAUAUCCCAAUCUUUUCCCUAACAUGCGGAUGAACGCACCGGCGGCUGCGGUGGUGGAGGGCAGCACCAUUAAAUUCGAAAAUGAUUUAGCGGCGACCAAAAACGGCAGUGCGGUGUUGUCAGCCAGUGGUGUUGGUGUUGGUGUUGGUGUUGGUGGUGACGACGACGAAUGGGGUGAGCAGUAA